AUGGGAGGCUGCAGCACGCAGGCACGGCUGGAGCUGCUGCUGCUGCUGCUGCUGCUGCUGGGCAGCGCCUGGCUGCGGGUGGGCAGUGCCCAGCCCACCCCCCCGGGCCCCACGCAGCCCCCCGGGCCCCAGCUGAGGUUCCGCCUGGCCGGUUACCCCCGCAAGCACAACGAGGGCCGCGUCGAGGUCUUCUACAACGAGGAGUGGGGCACCAUCUGCGACGACGACUUCACGCUGGGCAACGCGCACGUGCUGUGCCGGCACCUCGGCUUCGUGGCUGCCACCGGCUGGGCCCACAGCGCCAAGUAUGGCAAAGGAGUGGGGAGGAUCUGGCUGGACAAUGUGAACUGUGCUGGAAAUGAGAAGAGCAUCGGGGACUGCAAACACCGGGGCUGGGGGAACAGCGACUGCAGCCACGAGGAGGACGCGGGUGUCGUCUGCAAGGAUGAACGCAUUCCAGGCUUCAAGGACUCCAACGUCAUCGAGACCGAGCAGAGCCACGUGGAGGAGGUCAGGCUGCGGCCGGUGGUGGCCGGGGGCCGGCGGCAGCUGCCGGUGACGGAGGGCAUCGUGGAGGUGCGCUACAAGGACAGCUGGGCACAGAUCUGCGACCAGGGCUGGCACAGCCACAACAGCCGCGUUGUCUGUGGCAUGAUGGGCUUCCCGGCAGAGAAGAAAGUCAACAGGAACUUCUACAAGCUGGCCUCCAAAUCUCAGCCUAAACAAAAGCGCAGGGAGGACGUAGGGCUCAAGAAGAGGCUCUUCACGGAGCGGCAGCAGCUCAACUACCGCCUGCACUCGGUGUCCUGCACGGGGACAGAGGUGCAUCUGUCCCUGUGCUCCUUCGAGUUCUACCGGGGCAACUCCUCAGCAGCCUGCGGCUCCGGCAUGCCCGCCGUGGUCAGCUGCGUGCCCGGGCCUCUCUUUGCCACUGGCAAUGGCCACAAGAAGAAGCAGCGCCAGCAGCAGCAGCAGCAGGGCCAGCCCCGGAUCCGGCUGAAGGGCGGCGCGAGGGUCGGCGAGGGCCGCGUCGAGGUGCUCAGGAGCAGCGAGUGGGGCACCAUCUGUGACGACCGCUGGAACCUGCAGUCGGCCAGCGUCGUGUGCCGCGAGCUGGGCUUCGGCAGCGCCAAGGAGGCCCUCACCGGGGCACGCAUGGGGCAAGGGACAGGCCCCAUCCACCUGAACGAGGUGCAGUGCCGGGGCACCGAGAAGUCCCUCUGGAACUGCCCCUCCAGGAACAUCACACAGGAGGACUGCAAGCACACGGAGGACGCGGCCGUUCGCUGCAACAUCCCCUACAUGGGCUACGAGAACCUGAUUCGGCUGAGCGGGGGCCGGAGCCGCUUCGAGGGGCGGGUCGAGGUGGCGGUGGGGGCUGGCGACGGGGACCAGCCCCGCUGGGGUCUGGUGUGCGGCGAAGGCUGGGGUACGCUCGAGGCCAUGGUGGCCUGUCGCCAGCUGGGUCUGGGAUUCGCUAACCACGGCUUACAAGAGACCUGGUACUGGGACGCCAGCAACGUGACGGAGAUGGUCAUGAGCGGGGUGAAGUGCGCCGGCCACGAGAUGUCCCUGAGCCACUGCCAGCACCACGGCGCCAGCCUGAGCUGCAGGAACACGGGCACGCGCUUCGCUGCGGGCGUCAUCUGCUCCGAGACUGCCUCGGACCUGCUGCUGCACGCCCCGCUGGUGCAGGAGACGGCGUACAUCGAGGACCGGCCGCUGCACAUGCUGUACUGCGCCGCCGAGGAAAACUGCCUGGCCAGCUCGGCCCGCCUGGCCAACUGGCCCUACGGCCACCGCCGCCUGCUCCGCUUCUCCUCGCAGAUCCACAACCGCGGCCGCGCCGAUUUCCGCCCCAAGGCCGGCCGCCACUCCUGGGUCUGGCACGAGUGCCACCGGCACUACCACAGCAUGGACAUCUUCACCCACUACGACAUCCUGACCCCCAACGGCACCAAGGUGGCCGAGGGACACAAGGCCAGCUUCUGCCUGGAGGACACCGAGUGCGAGGAAGACGUGGCCAAGAGGUACGAGUGUGCCAACUUUGGGGAGCAGGGCAUCACCGUGGGCUGUUGGGACCUGUACCGGCACGACAUUGACUGCCAGUGGAUCGACAUCACUGACGUCAAGCCAGGCAACUACAUCCUGCAGGUUGUGAUCAACCCCAACUUUGAGGUGGCAGAAAGCGACUUCACCAACAAUGCCAUGAAAUGCAACUGCAAGUACGACGGGCACCGCAUCUGGGUGCACAGCUGCCACAUCGGAGAUGCGCUCAGCGAGGAGGCCAACAAGCGGUUUGAGCAGUACCCAGGUCAGCUCAACAACCAGAUUUCAUAGGGCUCCAGCCCUGGGGAGACAGGCAUCUCCCUCCCUCACCCCACCGCUCCAUCCCUCCCAUGCCAGCUGCACCCCAAAACUCCCACUGCCCGUUCCAGCCCUGGUUCCUCUCACCCCACAGCCCUCCCACAGCUCACCCCCUCAGCUGGCCCCAGGGCCCACCACCCACAAAGGGCCCCAGGAGCCCCGGGGAUGGUGCAGGCGUCUCUGCCCACAGCACUGCCCAGGGGUGGCUCCUACCCCAUCUCUCAGUUGUAAUUUUAUUUCCUCUAUAAAGUUGUAAGUUCUAUUUCCCAA